CGGGCCGGUCCCGCGGGGCUCCUGCGGCCCGUGCCGCUCGUCGGCGAGAGGCGCGGAGUCGCGCCAUGUCGCGGGGCGCUGGGAAGCGCCGGACCGUCCUGCCGAAGCGGCCGCGGGCAGGCUCGGGCUGCGGCGUCGAGCGCCGGGUCAGCUCGGCUGGAGCGUCUGUGCGUGCGCGGGCUGUCAGAACAGGGGCCAGGCGGCGUCCGGGCGGCUGUCAGAGCGGUCGGGGGCGCUUAUUUUUCUAAAUGGAUAGAACCGUCAAGUGGAAAUCCAGACUAAUUAGAAAUGCGGUGGUUUUCAUGCUUCUGUGAAAGUGCUUCGAUCUAAACUAUUUGUUUACCUUGAGUUCUCAGCUGCUGGGAACGACCGGUUAUUCGCAGCAAGAGACAUAGAGUGUAAUGCUGUGCCGGUGUCCUGGUGUAAAUGACUACUUCUAGGCAGCAUAGUGUAUAUACAUUCCUUAGUUGGCGGGAAAAAAAGGAGAAAAAAGUUAGGUGACGAUUUGUAUGGCUCCAAAGAAAGGAGGCUGAGGCCUUUCUUGUGAAAGGCUGCACUGUUAAACAUUGGAAAUAAUUUACAAAACUUCCUUUUGAAGUGCUGCUUUGAUUUUUAAGUCUUAACUGCUAUGCCCGCAGGACUGUACCGCAGCUUGAAGCUGUGCACAUCAGUGUUUUGUUGGGAUGCUGUCUUUAAAAAAGGAACUGUGUAAGAAAGCAGUACAUAUGCCUGGUAUUUAGCAGACUUGUUAUCUAGAACUUUCAGUUGUUCAAGUACCCGUGAUUGCUGGUUUUUCAAGUACUCUGAACCUGACGAAAAUCAAUCGGUAAAAUGUCAUCUGAUGUAAAAGCCAGCAUAUUAAUAGGGCACAUGGGGGUGUAAACACAGGCACACAGACAAGCAUACGCACACACGGACACACACAUAUUUAUAUAUUUGUAAAACUGUAUUGCAUUUCUAGUUCAACGCUUGAGAUAAACUGAUUUUUCAUUUACUUGCCAAACAAUUAAUUACAAAAGUCGUGACUAAGGGACAAAGUUGUCACUAAUGGAAAAAGUUUCCUUUCGGUUAUGUUUAGAGUUACAAUUUUAAAAUGUACUAGCUGUGAAGAUGAAUCUUAAUUUCUUGUUUACAUGGAACACAAAUGGAAGAAAACCAGCCAUUUUCCUAAGUUGGAUGGGUUUUUUUUGACAUCAAGUACUUUUUCAGCUCAUGUGUAACCCCAGAAUGUACAUUUUACCAGCCAUUCUUUAGUGAGACUGAAGAAAUGAGUAUGCCAGUAAAGUUGAAAUGUGUUUCAAUGAAAAAAAAAAAAAAAAAAAAAGCGCAGAGCUAUUCCAUAUACCUCUAUUUCUAACUUGUGAAACUUUGGUGCAGAAAAAUAUACCUUUGUGUUUCUUUUUACCAGACAACUUAAUGCUUCCAGUGGUGCUAUUCUGUGUGUUGGUACUCGUUAUUUUGCUUACCACUUCAGCUCAGGUCUGUGCUAAGAACACAGGGGGGCUUGAUCUCUGAAGUGCUGGUCAACUAAUUCACAGUUUCUUUGUGUGUGUGCACAGAACUGAAUCUCGGGAGAGAAGAAUGCAUAAACUAGCGCUGAAUAACUUUCUUCAGGGAAAUUUAACAUUAGAGUAUUUGCUUGUACUAUUUUAUUCUGGCUGCAGCUUUCUUCUAGGAGUGGGAAUGACUGUGCAGUAUUUUUUAGGUUUCUUCCACCAUUAUCUGUCACUUCACCCCUGUUUUUUCCCUGAGCUCUUCUAGUUAACAAGUCUUGGUUCUAAGGUAAAGUUUUUAGAUUUUGUGACUCGACGUAGUCAGUCUCAGUCCUUCAGUACUCCACAUCUUAAAACAUUUGAACUGUCAUCAUGCUGCUUGACGUUCAGCUGAAAAUUUUUUGGUCUCAGUUUUGUAAUUCUAGCUUUUUCAAAGACUUUUCAGAUAUUUCUGUCUUUUUGACCAAACUCUGCGUUUUGAUUUCUUCAAAGACUUCUCCCAUGUCAAUGAUUUUCCUCCCCCUCCCCCCUUCCACCUCAUCUCCUUUUCUCCACACGACGACGUAGGUGGGAAAAUGUCAUGCUGGCUUGGUUGUUGGUGGGGGAGCUGGGGUUUUAGUUUUUUUUCUUCAAGCCGCUGAUCUUGUGCUUUCGUAGAAUCGUGUUGCUUUUGCAUGAAGAGCUUGAUUGUGCAACCCUGGUUUGCACAGUGCCUGAAAUCAGCAGGCUGUUUUGUCCUCAGUCCAGUAUCUGCUUACAUUGAGACAUUUGCAGAUUGAAAUAUGGACAGCGAAUAGUUUGGAUGAUGUGUUUUGCCAGUGUAUCUCUGCAAGUUCAGUUUUAACAAUGGAUAAAUGUAAGCACAUCGGGCGUCUGCGUCUGGCCCAAGAUCACUCCAUUCUCAAUCCUCAGAAAUGGCAUUGCAUGGACUGCAAUACUACCGAAUCUGUGUGGGCAUGCCUCAGCUGCUCGUAUGUGGCGUGUGGAAGAUACAUUGAAGAACAUGCACUAAAGCACUUUCAGGAGAGCAGUCAUCCAGUGGCAUUGGAAGUAAACGAGCUGUAUGUUUUCUGUUAUCUCUGUGAUGAUUAUGUUCUUAAUGAUAAUGCAACUGGUGAUCUAAAACUGUUGCGAAGUACGUUAAGUGCAAUCAAGAGUCAAAACUAUGAGUGCACUACUCGAAGUGGGAGGACUUUGCGUUCUAUGGGCACAAGUGAUGAUUCUUACCUUUCACAUGGUGGUGCCCAAGCCUUGCUUCGGAAUGAAGAUCGUAUGUUCACAGCUCUCUGGCACCGACGGCGUGCAUCCCUGGGAAGAAUAUUCAGAUCAUGGUUUGAGUUGACACCUACUGGAAAAAAGAUUUUGGAAGAAGGACGUAGGGAAGAAGCAGAAGAAAGAAGGGACAAAGCUAGGAAGAGAAGACAAGAACGAAAGCGUGAGUUGAAAGCAGAGAUGGAAAAGAUGCCUCCAAGAAAGAGCAGUCGUCUGCAAAAUCAGAUUAGAAUGUCCUCCCAAAGAGCACCCUGCCUGCAAAAACCAUCUCAGAACAUGGAAUCUGUGGCAGAGUUGAAAGAAACAUAUACCUCAGAUGAAGUAAGAUUGAAAAAAAUAAGUGACUCUCCAAUUAAACGAAGGCCCACAGUGACUCCUGGGGUAACAGGACUGAGAAACCUGGGAAAUACAUGCUAUAUGAAUUCUGUCCUGCAGGUAUUAAGUCACUUACUUAUUUUUCGAGAAUGCUUUUUAAAGCUUGACCUCAACCAAACUCAGGAACUGCUGGCAACAGCAACCAAUGAUAAAACCAGAUCUUCAUCGAAACACCUGUCAAUAGCUGCCUCAACAUUACAUGUGAAUGAGAGCCAAGAGAAAGCAAAGGGAUCAUCUUCUGUGAGGCGGCCUGGUUUAUCCUCUGGCUUAAGUGGAGGAGCAUCAAAAAGUAGAAGUAUGGAACUUAUUCAGCCCAGGGAGCCCAGUUCAAAGCAUAUUUCUCUCUGUCAUGAGCUGCAUACUCUGUUCCAAGUUAUGUGGUCUGGCAAAUGGGCACUGGUGUCUCCUUUUGCCAUGCUUCAUUCUGUGUGGAGACUAAUUCCAGCCUUCAGAGGAUAUGCCCAACAAGAUGCUCAGGAAUUUCUCUGUGAACUUUUGGAUAAAGUGCAGCAGGAACUGGAGGCUACGGGAACCAGAUACACAGCUGUCAUCCCUGCUUCUCAAAGAAAACUUAUAAAACAUGUUUUGAACGUGGUUAACAGCAUCUUUCAUGGACAGCUAUUAAGUCAGGUUACAUGUCUUGCCUGUGACAAUAAAUCAAAUACCAUAGAACCUUUUUGGGACUUAUCCCUGGAGUUUCCUGAGAGGUAUCACUGCAACGGCAAGGAGAUGUCAUCUCAGUAUCCAUGUCUGCUGACAGAAAUGCUGGCCAAGUUUACAGAAACCGAAGCUUUGGAAGGAAAGAUAUAUGCAUGCGAUCGGUGCAACACAAAACGAAGGAAGUUUUCUUCUAAACCAGUUAUACUCACAGAAGCUCAGAAGCAGCUUAUGGUGUGUCGACUACCUCAGGUUCUCAGAUUACACCUUAAACGGUUUAGGUGGUCAGGACGCAAUCAUCGUGAGAAGAUCGGCAUACAUGUUAAUUUUGAUCAGAUGCUGAACAUGGAGCCUUACUGCUGUAGAGAAUCCCUCAAGUCCCUCCUGCCUGACUGCUUUAUCUACGACUUGUCCGCUGUGGUAAUGCAUCACGGGAAAGGAUUUGGCUCAGGGCACUACACUGCCUACUGCUACAAUUCAGAAGGAGGAUUUUGGGUACACUGCAAUGAUUCGAAACUCAACAUGUGCACUAUGGAAGAAGUACGCAAGGCUCAAGCCUACAUUUUGUUUUACAGCCAACGACUUACUCAGGCAAACGGACAUGGUAAAACACUGUGUCCUAGCACAGCUGAAAUUCAGCAGCACACAGAAUUAGCUGGCUCUUCCAUGGCCAACAGUAGUAGCAGCUAAUCCAAAGCCAGUCAACUGUGUAUGGUAAAAGUUUGAAUUGUCAUAACUAUAUAUUUUUAAAUGAAACAGAAGUACAGUAUUGUACUUUUUAAAUUUGAAUCUGUGUACAAUGUUUAUGUACUUUUGUAUGAGUUAAAGUGCUCUUUACAAUUGUUAGUAAAAGUUUUUAUUGACAGUAAGUAACUUUUAAAGUACCUAGAAUUUCAAUAUAGCUAUUUUUUUUAAGAAAAAAGAUUGCUAUUUGCAUUUAACUCUUACCUCAGGCUGUUUGUUUGUUUAUUUGUUUGUUUUUUAAGCUGGUUUUGUAUUUUGAUAAAAGUUUUGAAUUGGUUUAGAAAAAUGACUUUCAAUGGGCAACUGAUGUUUCUCUGGUUAAUUUUUUAUAUAUGCUUGUGUACAUUUUAUAGGAUAGUUCUAAUGAUACCGUGAUUUUUACUGUCUGCAGGAAUUGCUACUAAGUUUUAGAAUAUUAACAUUCACAAGCAAGGAAUGUUUUACAUGUCAAAUAGUAACUGAACUUUUCAUAGGUAACACUCUGUAUAUUUGUGACUAAAGUGAAAUUAUUUUGCAAGUUUCAAGGGAGCUACACUAAAGAUACAUUGAUAGAAUUUCUUAAAGUCUGAAAUCAAGGAAAUAGAGCGUGAACUUAUUUUUAUGUAAGAGGAGCAUCUAAUAAUGCAAGAAUGUAUCUUUACCAAGACUUUCCACGUUUUAAGCCUUAAAAAGUCUGGGAACUUAAAACUCAAGUGCCAUAGUCAAAGUACUAACUUGACAACCAGGGGCUUUUUAUUCCAAUAACUCAGAAAGCUUUCUUAAAAACAAAACCACAAAACACCACCAAAAACACAAAACCACAUUCACCCACCUCACUGUCAUUGCUAUUAGCACCCCUCUUUCUUGCAUUGGGCAAGCUCAAUUUAAACUGUAGCAAGCAUUGUUGGUCUCGGUAAUCUCUAAUUCAGACCAAAAGAAGCUGUAACAUUUCUAUGAAAGUAUUUUCAAUCUGACUGUUUCCAUUACCUGAAACUGCUGUACCUUCUCCAUGGUCCUACCACUAGCAUUAACAGAACUGUGCACUGAUAAGAACUAACAAGCAGGAAUUAUCAGUCCUCCACAUACAGUACUUAAUGCCAAGUAAAUUUCAAUUGUGAAGUUUUGCGUAAGUCCUAUGCAAAUUGUUACCUCGUCUUCUGCAAAGUUUAUACCUCAAUAAAAUGCCUUUAUGUGGACAGGAAAA